CUUCGGGCGUCCGGGGACCGCUGCCUGCUGAGCUCCCUCGCCAGACCGGCGGCGGGUCGGCAUUUUUGGCGAAGUGGGACCAGCCGCGCGCCGGCACCAUGUUCCUGGCGACUCUGUACUUCGCGCUGCCGCUGCUGGACGUGCUGCUGUCGGCGGAGGUGAGCGGCGGGGACCGCCUGGACUGCGUGAAAGCCAGCGACCAGUGCCUGAAGGAGCAGAGCUGCAGCACCAAGUACCGCACGCUGAGGCAGUGCGUGGCGGGCAAGGAGACCAACUUCAGCCUGACAUCCGGCCUGGAGGCCAAGGACGAGUGCCGCAGCGCCAUGGAGGCCCUCAAGCAGAAGUCGCUCUACAACUGCCGCUGCAAGCGGGGCAUGAAGAAGGAGAAGAACUGCCUGCGCAUCUACUGGAGCAUGUACCAGAGCCUGCAGGGAAAUGAUCUGCUCGAAGAUUCCCCAUACGAACCAGUCAACAGCAGGUUGUCUGAUAUAUUCCGGGUGGUCCCGUUCAUACCUGACGUGUUUCAGCAAGUGGAGCACAUCCCCAAAGGGAACAACUGCCUGGACGCCGCCAAGGCCUGCAACCUGGACGACACCUGCAAGAAGUACAGGUCCGCCUACAUCACCCCGUGCACCACCAGCAUGUCCAACGAGGUCUGCAACCGGCGCAAGUGCCACAAGGCCCUGAGGCAGUUCUUCGACAAGGUGCCGGCCAAGCACAGCUACGGGAUGCUCUUCUGCUCCUGCAGGGACAUCGCCUGCACCGAGCGGCGGCGGCAGACCAUCGUGCCCGUGUGCUCCUACGAGGAGAGGGAGAAGCCCAACUGUCUGAACCUGCAGGACUCCUGCAAGACAAAUUACAUCUGCAGAUCUCGCCUCGCGGAUUUUUUCACCAACUGCCAGCCGGAGUCCAGAUCUGCCAGCAGCUGUCUGAAGGAGAACUACGCCGACUGCCUCCUCGCCUACUCGGGGCUCAUUGGUACAGUCAUGACCCCCAACUACAUCGACUCCAGCAGCCUCAGCGUCGCCCCGUGGUGUGACUGCAGCAACAGUGGCAACGACCUGGAAGAGUGCUUGAAGUUUCUGAAUUUCUUCAAGGACAAUACGUGUCUUAAAAAUGCAAUCCAGGCUUUUGGCAACGGCUCCGAUGUCACUGUGUGGCAGCCAGCCCUCCCAGCUCAGACCACCACUGCCACCACCACCACAGCCUUCCGGGUCAAGAACCAGCCCCUGGGGCCAGCAGGGUCCGAGAACGAGAUCCCCACCCACGUUUUACCGCCUUGUGCAAAUUUACAGGCACAGAAGCUGAAAUCCAACGUGUCGGGCAGUCCACACCUCUGUCUUUCUGAUCGCGAUUACGAAAAGGAUGGCCUCGCCGGUGCCUCCAGCCACAUAACCACAAAAUCAAUGGCUGCCCCUCCGAGCUGCGGUCUGAGCCCACGGCUGGUUCUGGUGGUAACCGCCCUGUCCACCCUCUUACCUUUGUCCCUGGCAGAAACAUUAUAGCUGCGUUUCCGAAACAACACGGACCUGUAAAAAGACACUCACCAAGUUACUGUUUCCUGUCCUCUCGUAGAUCUGAAAUUCCAGUUUUAGGCGCUCCGUUGAAACAUUGCUCAAGAAGUUUCAUCCAACUGAAACUUUUUUCCCUUUUUUUGUUUGGUUUUUAAGAAAGCUUCUUGUGAUCCUUAGGGCUUCUGUGGGAUUCCCAAUGCAGUGCCACAUUCCAAACUCAGAAGGCUUUGGGGUACGUUGUAUUGUCAAGGGGCAGUUUGUACAUCUGGCUGUGAAGCGAACGGGGGCCAAGUUUUUCCUGAUGAUGAUGAUUUUAACAAUUUAACCCUGCCCUUUGCCAGCUAGCGAAGGAGUUAGUAUUGCUCCAGAAUCUUCCCCAUUUCAUGUGGUGGCUUUGGUUUCUGAUGACGUAAUGCAGCCUCCCAAGCUUUUUGGUCACAAAUCAGAGAUUCUCCUCAAGAGAAUCCUUGAUGGACUUUGUGCAGGCGAGCUUGUCCCCAUGCUCAGCUUUCUAUACGUUCUAGCCCUUUCGGCGCUAAUGUUUGUGUUCCGUAGCCAGUUCUGCUCUCUCCUACAAAACCAAAAGCGCCCGUCACCCCCAAAGGUGGUGCGUGCCUGGCUUCUAGUGCAAACGGAGAGUGAGGGGCGUGUGUGUGAGCUUCCCGAGCCUGGGCCAUCGACCUCCCUCUCCUGAGCCUUCCCCACGCGAGAAGCUCUCCCACUAAGCGCCCAGCAGAGUUGAAGCGUCCCUCUAACCACUUUACAUGUUUGAUGUUCUAUGUAGAAAACAAUUUACUACUAAAUGAUUUCAACUGUUGGCUUUCUAUAUUUUGAGAGUAAUGAUCUUGUCUCCAUUUUUUACUGAUGGUUUAAUACAAAACACGGAGCUUGUUUUCCUCCCCUUCGGUAGGGUUAGCUCCGACACUAACUCCCUGAACAGCCCUCCGAGGCCGAUUCCGAGGGGCCUCGUGCUUCAGCAGAGAGCCCUGCGUCACGUUGCUGUGGACAGGAGGAGGAGACAGAGCAGCCACGCUCGUCUGUCACCAUUUCUUGGUGAAACAUGUGUGCACUGGUAAAUGCAUCCUACGAUGUGAGGAAACUGGUGGCCACUGGUAAAGGUUCCACAGUGGCUGAUGGCACCCUUGCCAUUGCCAUAAUCCAGUACCUUGGUUUUCGCGUUGCCUGACAAAGGCAGCUUUGACUGGGACAGGGGACGGGGACAUGCUACCCUCUCUUCCGAAGCGGACCCAUGCCAGGGUUCGGAGUUCUCUCCGGACUGCGAUGGCUUGGCCGCUGUGGAGAGCAGUUUGGUCUGAAGGUCAUCAGGAACCUGCUUGCAUUUGUUCUGCAUGCUCCAGGGCAGACCGGGACUGACUGUGCGAGAAGGAAAGACUUGUGGAUCAAGGUCAACACCAGGUCUGCGGAGAUGAGCUGGUUGGCAGAGAUACACAGAACAGAACAGGACUCUGGGUAUAGGGCAUCUGGCUUGUGAAGGGCAUCCCAUCUUCCAUCGUCCUCUUCCUUAAGGAGACCCUAGCGUGCGCUUGGGAAGUCUGGUUGGAAUGGCGCGAUUCAGAAUCUACAGUGAUCGGGUGCUGGUAGCCAUGUGUCUCCAGAACCAAAUCGAAAAGCGAUUCCACCUUCGUAGAGUGCUGGGAACAUCGCCUUUCUUGUCACAUCAGUAGAGGGGCUGGAGGAGGAAGCCAUGGUACCCACGUCAUGCUGAUCCCCUCGGCCCACUGACGCUUGUCUUGUAAGAAUUAGUCACAUUACUGGGGUUUGAAAAUCUAUUAACUCUGAGCUGAAGGCAUAGUCUUUGAGCUCCAUUGGUGUCUGAAGUGCAUUUAUAUCCAAAUGUUAAUAAAUAUAAAUGGAUAAUACUAAGAACCAACAUUUUCACUUCAAAAUGUUUUCCAGGGAAGCUCACCAAACCAAUUUGAUUAGUGAAAAGUUUCCUAAAGACUUACUUUGA